GUGAAACAGCGCGCAAACAGCUGUGUUUUAGUGUAAGUUUUAGUUUAGUGUAACUAACUAACUGUGAACGUUUAGUCACAACUUUAAGUGUUGAAUUUAACAAAGAGAACUUGAAUUGAAAUAAAUUGAACUGCUCGCUCCGCGCGCUUCUCUGCAUCGAAUCGACCAUUAAAAUAUAAAAAUCAUACAAAAUCAAUACAUAUAUACAAAAUGUAUAGUUUCCGCUCAUUGAUGUUGGCCUGAAAUUCGGUGCGGUGCGUGUUUUUGGCUAACGAAAGUGAAAACUCAAAUACACGAAUUAACAUAAAAAACGCUUAAAUAAUCAGCCAAAGCGUACAAUACAAAUGCAAACAAUGUGAAAAGAUGCCUAUCUGUGUGCUGUGCGUGUGUGUAGCCGCAGCAGCCGCAGUAGCAGCUGCGAGUAUGUAUGUGUACCGUAAGUGCAUGAAGAAAACGAAUCUCAAUGAUAACAAGAGCCAUCAGAGCUAGAUAAUCAGCGAUGAUUUAACAAAAGAAGUGCCCCGAAUCUGAAAGAACCUUCUGCCCAACCGAAAUGCCUAAAGCAGAAAUUGUAAUUGAAAUUGUCGUUGCGGCAGCCCAGCGACACGGACUCGAGAGCAAGCAAAAUCGUUACGCUGCAUUUUGACUUGGGGGGCGUCUGAAAAAUCGAUUGGAUUGCCCGUAGUAAAGUCGCGAGUCGCGACCAUAACAACACUACAGCAAUGACGCUAAAUGGAGUCCCGUGCUCCGUCCGCGGACGCGGAUAUCUAACCAAAGAUGGCGAUCUCGAGAUGAAAGUGCGCACCCAGUGAGCAUUCUUCGCUUUAGUGAGCUAUUCAGCCCCAGAGCCAGAGCCAGCCACAGACACUGAUUGAGAGUGAGAGUGAGAGAACGCGAGAAAGGCAGAGAUACCAGGUCCAAAAUGAGAGGUCGCAUUCUGAUACCACUGCCCAACACCGGAUCGAUGGGACGGAAGCGCAACAACUUCUAUAUGCGGAGUAUAUUUCUACUGGCGCUCUGCAUCUUUGGCCUGCUGCAGUACCACAACUUUAACUAUCUGGAGUCCAGGGACACUGUGCUGGGAGAUGCAGUCACCAAUGACUCGGAUGAUGCCAUCCUGGCCAUGGUACCCGCCACACUGCACAAGUACUUGACGCCGCACUCGCGCAAUCACAGCACCGCCGCUGUAACCGGAGCGAUGGGCGGGGCCCCUCUGCUCCUAAACACGAGCAGCUCCGGAGCGGCCACUGCAACCACAAUCAGCUUUGACGUUUACCAUCCGCCGAACAUAUCGGAAAUAAAGCGUCAAAUCGUGAGAUACAACGACAUGCAGCUGGUGCUUAACGAGGACACAUUCGGUCCUCUGCAAAACGACUCUGUGAUAAUUGUAGUCCAGGUGCACACGAGGAUUACUUACUUGCGGCAUCUGAUUGUGAGCCUGGCGCAGGCGCAGGACAUUACCAAGGUGCUGCUGGUGUUCUCGCACGACUACUACGACGAGGACAUCAACGAUCUGGUGCAGCAGAUAGACUUCUGCAAGGUGCUUCAGAUCUUCUAUCCCUACUCCAUUCAGACCCAUCCCCACGAGUAUCCAGGCGUGGAUCCCAACGACUGCCCCAGGAAUAUCAAGAAGGAUCAGGCCAUGAUCAGAAACUGCAACAACGCUCUGUAUCCGGAUCUCUAUGGGCACUAUCGGGAGGCGAAGUUCACGCAGACGAAGCACCACUGGAUCUGGAAGGCGAACAGAGUGUUCAACGAGCUGGAGGUGACCCGCUUUCACACAGGUUUGGUCCUGUUCCUCGAGGAGGACCACUAUGUGGCGGAGGACUUUCUCUACCUGCUGGCCAUGAUGCAGAAGCGCACCAAAGACUUGUGCCCCCAGUGCAACGUGUUGUCCCUGGGUACCUAUCUGAAGACAUUCAACUAUUACACCUACCACAGCAAGACUAACAAGAAAUCCUAUGCUUCCUCGCUGAUCUCGACAAACAGUCUAUUAGGAUACAAUAGGAAUAAUAAUAAUAACAACAACAACAACAAUAAUAAUAAUAACAACAACAAUAGAAACUCAAUGCAAUUAGCCGUGUCGUCCUCCUCUUCUUCCACAUCAUCUGCGCAAUCAUCAACGACAUCAUUCAGAAACAACAACGCCAAAGUCUAUGUGGGCGACACCACCAACAGCAUCAACAGCAAUAAUAGCAACAAGAAAGAUCACAAUAAGAACAAUAAGAAUAAUAAAUCAAAUAACAUGCGAAGCAACCACAUCAACACUGUCACCGCCUCCUCAGCCGCCACAUCCUCCGACACCAACAACGAGCCAAAUAGCAAUAACAAUAACAAUAACAACAACAACAAAAAUGGUGCACAAACAUGGAACUAUCAUGUCCUGCCGUCAUUGUAUUCCGUCUAUCAGAAGAUACACGCACGCGUGCGGCUCGUGAAGAUUGAUAGCCAGAGCAUCAUCAAUGACUAUCGCAAGGUCGAGGUCAUGCCGUGGGUGAGCAGCAAGCACAACAUGGGCUUCGCCUUUAACCGCACCACCUGGACGAACAUAAGGAGGUGCGCCCGUCAUUUCUGCACUUACGACGACUACAACUGGGACUGGUCGCUGCAGCACGUCUCCCAGCAGUGCCUGCAGCGCAAGCUGCAUGCCAUGAUAAUCAAGGGCCCGCGAGUCUUUCACAUUGGCGAAUGUGGCGUUCAUCACAAGAAUAAGAACUGCGAGUCCAACCAAGUCAUCUCGAAGGUUCAGCACGUUCUGAAGAUAGCUCGCACCUCGCAUCAGCUCUUUCCCCGCUCGCUCACCCUGACGGUGCCCAGUCUGAGUAAGAAGACCAAGCUGCGCAAGGGCAACGGCGGAUGGGGCGACCUGCGAGACCAUGAACUGUGUCUGAACAUGACGCUGCCAACGCGGUAGAGGAGGAGGCCAAAGGACUAAGCUCCAGCAUUGAAUACGAGUAUAAUAUCUAGUUAGAGCUAUUAGGAAGUAGCCUUAAAUAUGGUAACACUCAACCAGAUUAUGCACUGUGUAUCAGUGAAGUAACCUAACCGCAAGUAAUCGAAGCCAAGACAAGUUGUGCAUCAGUUGCGCCUCCAAAGACCCUCCACGGGCGCGGCACAAAUUCCUAGUAUAAGUAAUCCUCCUCUAGUCACCGGCCAUAUGCCAACCAAAACAACUCUAAACCCCCCAUAUUCGAAUCCUUUCUGUGCUGUUUGCUCUUCGGUUUGGUAAAAAUUACUUUGUAUUGUUUGGGCUCCGUCCACAGUAAUGGCGAAAAGGUCCCAAGCACCGCUUACGACUCAUAUUAAUACUUAUACAACUCACUCGAAUCGUCUAUCGUAGUCCCAAAAUGUGCCGAAUCCUCCGUUUCGUAAAUGGUCGAGUUUAGAGGUAGAGACAGGAGAGCAAGCAGUAAAUCGCAUAAACUAGUCAUAGCACAUGCGCCUAGAACCCCAGCGCAUUAGAACAAUAUAACUAGCUCUUUGAUAACUUAUUGUAUAACGUUUUAAGCCUGUAAAUAGAAAUCUUUUGUUGUAUAAAUUACAUAAGGUCUUUUUAAUACACAUACGUACAUACAUACAUAAUGUAUUUAACUAAUGUAAUCUGUUAUUUUCUAAUUGUUAGUCGAAUGCGCUUUUAUGUACUAGGAAUUUUUGAUCAUUUGAACGAGUAAUCUUAGCGAAUAAAAGCCAAGUGAACGCUGAACCAAUC